CUGCAGUGUCGGGACGUGCCGAAAUAACAUUGAAGAACACGGAAUUUAUAAAUUUUGCCUAGUUAUAUAAGUUUCCAAAGGCAAAAUGAGAUUGAAACACAUAUUUAUUUUGGUCCUAAUAGCACCAUUAAUAAUAAGCGCUUACAGUUACGACAUAGAUGACGAAUUUGCCACAGUAGAAGAUGAUACAGAUUACAGAGGUGGCAGAAUACUUUGGCCAUACCCACUGAAGCAGAAUAGCACAGACAGUACCAGAGAUGCAGACUCUUUGAAAGAUAUAGAAGAAAUGGUACGAGGAGCAGUCAGUGAACGACAAAAGCGUUUUUUACAUUUGUCGCCGAGAUCGAAAAAUAUGAUCGUAGACACUAUGAUGCAGUUUGUCUCACAGCACCCACAAAAUAAUGCCAAGGACCCAUUAGAUUUCUUAAGAGAUACGUACCCAUUACCCAAAGGAUAUAGCAGCCCACUGGAUGAGUAUGACUAUGUGAUCGUUGGUGGAGGAACGGCGGGAUCCGUUUUAGCUGCCAGGCUGACUGAAGAUAAACCAAAAGCCAUGGUACUGGUGAUCGAAGCUGGAAGACCUGAGAGUCUUCUUUCAGACGUACCUGCCUUAUUGUCUGUUGUACAACUUGAUGACUUCGUCUGGCCUUACACGAUGGAACAUCAACCAGGAAUUUGUUUGGCCAGCAAAGACCAGCGCUGUUUUUGGCCUCGAGGAAAGGCGCUGGGAGGUAGCAGUGUAAUCAACUACAUGUUAUACACCAGGGGCCGUCCACAGGAUUGGGACAGGAUCGCUUCUGAUGGAAACUAUGGAUGGAACUACGAUGAAGUUCUAAAGUAUUAUAUAAAAUCUGAAAAAUCGGAAAUAAAGAAGUAUAAGAACUUGCCAUACCGGGGCCGUGACGGGGAGCUAACAGUUGAGAAUAUUUCAUUCAAGACUGGUUUGGUUGAGGCUUUCCUCGCUGCUGGACGCGAAAACGGACACCCUACCGUUGAUUACAAUGCACCCGAUCAAGUCGGUUUUGGUUACGUGCAAGCUACACAAAUAAAAGGACAUCGAAUGAGCGCCGCUAAAGCAUUCCUGCACCCUCACAAGCGACGACGCAACCUGCACAUCCUUACAGACGCGCGAGCUACCAAGGUCAUCAUCGACCCUCAAUCUAAAAGAGCGUACGCUGUCGAGUACUUUAAGGAUGGCGUGAAGCGCACAGUUCGUUGCCGACGUGAAAUAAUUUUAUCCGCCGGCCCAAUUGCUUCACCGCAAUUGCUCAUGCUCUCAGGAAUAGGACCGGAGGAACACUUAAAGUCGCUGGGAAUUCCUGUGCUUGUAAAUUUACAAGUUGGAAGGGUUCUUUACGAUCAUAUAGCAUUCCCUGGAGUUAUUUUCAAACUAAACACAACUAACGCCAGCUUGUUGGAGCCUAAAGUCGCAACAUUUUCAAACCUUAUUCAGUGGUUACAAUUCGGAGAGGGACUGUUAACUACAGCUGGUGGAAUUGAAGGUAUUGGCUAUUUGAAGACUUCGGUAUCGCAGGAUCCAGAAAACGUUCCCGAUAUAGAAUUAUUAAGUAUGGCCGGCUCUCUUAACUUAGAUUCAGGAGGUGCACUAAGAGAAAGCUGGAGACUCUCUAAGCCAAUAUUUGACUCCAUAUUUUCACCUUUAUAUGGGAAAGAUACGUGGUCAGCUGUUAUAAUGUUAACUCAUCCGAAGUCAAAAGGUUACCUUGAGCUGAGAGAUUCUAAUCCAUUUUCGCAUCCAAAAUUGUAUGGUAACUACUUGACUGACCCACAAGAUAUGGCCACGAUGUUAGAAGCAAUCAAACACGUAAUUCGGCUGGGCCAGUCGUCAGCUUUUGCUAAGUAUAACCCUAAACUGUUCUUAGGUGAUUACCCAGCUUGUAGAAACUAUGUUCCUGGAUCGGACCCGUACUGGGAAUGUGCUAUUAGAACGAUGUUGAUAACACUUCACCAUCAGAUUGCGACUUGUAGAAUGGGUCCUUUGAGUGACCCUUAUGCUGUUGUGGACCCUGAGCUACGAGUGUACGGUGUGGAUGGACUGAGAGUGGUGGACAGCAGUGUUAUUCCACGACCAACUAAUGCACAUACCGCGGCUCCUGCUAUUAUGAUAGGAGAGAAGGCCGCCGACUUAAUAAAGCAAACAUGGUUAAACGUGGUCUCAUAA